UUUAUAAUUGAAGAAGCUGCUUCUAAUAUUCAAAGUUACGACAUCUGGAUGUUUGUUGCGUCAAGCGACAUAUUUAUAUCUAAAACAAGAAUAAUGUUGAAUUAUUAAAAAUUAAAUUAAGAAAAUCUAUUUUAUAAAAUAUUUACCUUAAUAAUGCAUUCAUAAUACUAAUCUAUUACUUACCUUAAUACAUAUGUAUCUUAAAAUAAGCUAGUACAAUGUUUAACGAGAGUUAAUUACGUACCCCUUUUUGUAACACACUUACCAUACCAUGUUCAGACCGAAAAUUUAAAGGGAUUAGGUUACAUUUAAGGGCUUAUAUACCUUUUUUAAUUUCAAAAAAUCGAAAUUUUUUAUUGCUUUAUCUUAAAGAACAGCUCCUUGAGAACAUUUUGUCAAGUUUUCAUAGAGAUUCGAGCAGUAGAAACAAAGUUACAGCACUUCUAACCGCGCGCCUCGUCGCGGCCCCAAACUGAACUUGAAACUUUAAACGCGAAUAUCUCGAAAUGGUGUUUUUUGAAAAAUAAUUUUGCGUUGACAUAGAUUGGCGGAAAACUACUGAACCGAUUUUCUUAAAUUUUUUUUUAAAUGUUCGUAAUGAAAUUUUACUGUGCUUGAACGAUCGACUUUUUACGCACAAACGUUUUUUUCGCCGAAAUGAAUUUUUUUAGUGAAAUUUCUAGUGACCCAAAAGUUCAUUUUUUGCAUAAAACGUUCCCGUGUGCACAAAAAAAAAUCAUAAAAACGAUCGUUCAAGCACAAGGAAUUACACUAAACUAAUGAAAUUUGUUUACUUUUAUGGUUUCAGUUGAUUUGUUCGACCUGGGGAAUUGUCACCGCAAGGCUCUGCCAAAAAAAGGCUUCUAAGGGAAACAGCCACCCCUUAAAAACUACUUGAUAUUUUUCCAAGAAAUUUCGUACAAACAUUGUUAAUAAAGUGUACUAUCAAAAAAAUAAAAACAUUCGUGCAAUGAAAUAAUUGCUACAUACCUAAAAAGAAAACAAAAUUUCCUUUUUUUUCUUCGACAAAGAAGGUAUAUAACCCCUUAAUUACAUUCACUUAUUAGCCCGUUCUCACUGCCGUUGGAAAGAUGAAAAAAUAGCUGUUUUUGCCAUUCAAGAAUUCACAUCGAAUAAUAUUUAUCAAAAGAAAACAUUGUCAUAUAGUAUUUUGUAAUAAAGCCGUAUUCCUUUAAAUCUUUUCAUAUAAUGGAAAUAAUGGACCCAUUUUUUCCUUUGGGAAGUCGAUUCUCAUGUGAAAUUAGAUUCAUUGCUUAAAAAAAAAAUAGUUUGUUUACUUUUUUUUCCCUUUGUAGUGUCUGAAUCAGCUGUGAUAAUGUAAUAGAUUUUCAAUGCUAACAAGUAGAUGGCGCAAAAUCAGAGUCGCACAGAAAGAUUUAGCGUGGAUCAGUUUAAAAUCAUUUCGAUGAAGUAUCAAAUCUUGAACUGUCAUUUUUGUAUGGCGAAAUCUUAAUAAAUUUAUAGGAUUAGUAGGAUAAACCACUCAACAGCCCAAAUCGUGUGAUUAAGUGUCGGUCUGAACAUGGUAUUACAUUAUAACUAGAUUAAGCCGUUAGUUUAAGAUUUAGGCUAAGCGAUUCCAUAAAACGGAAUAAAGAACUCUCUUGUAAUUUGAACGUGAAUUCGAACGGACGUGUCAUUCAUUUUUUUCGGAAUAUCAUUUUAGUGACAGGCAAUUAGGCUUUGAAUUAAUUCACGUAUUUCCAUGUAAAUAUUCUCGCAUCACAAAAACGCUUGAGAUUUUUCAUGGCGCCCGAGCAGGGACUAAGUGCGUGAACUUAGUAUAUACAUAUUUUAUUAAUUUCGUUUUCGGCCCUUCGGGAAAGUGAAGUGGAAAUAAAUUAAACCUUAAAAAAAAAACAAAAGCAUCACCUAAAACAAAGAAAUAUAUAAUAUAAAGAAAUAAAAAAGAUACCAAUAGAAAAAUACAUAUAGUACAUACAUAUAAUUAGUACAUAUACUGGAAGUGGCCAAGUGCAGUGAUACCUAAACACAAAUAAAAAAGAAAAAUAGCUAUAAAACAUAAAACAAAAAAAAAAACUUAAGUGAUAAUAAAAAGAAAAAGUGGCGUAAAAUGUAUUGAAUACUUAUAUACGGGCCAUUCCAUCAAUUGGCGACAUGGUUUCGUACCCGUGGUUCUCCGAUUUUGACGAAACUUUAGAAUAUUAUAAUAUAGACUAAAAUAAGAAUAUCUGUAAACUUUUUAGUGGCCAAAGUUGCUCCAUUGUUUUUUGGCGCGCACUUCAAAUUGAGAUCAAACAAAAAAAUUACUUUUUCUUUUAUUUUUUAACGACCUCAAAAUUGAAUGAAAAAAAUUUUGAAGUUAUCCAUUUUUAUGUAAAAAAAUCUCAGCUUUCUGAUAAAAAUAUUUUCAUAAUCCAAAAAAAAAUUCAAAAUCCAAAAAAACCGUGUUUUUUCCAAAAAUCCCGCGUUUUGUGCUCUUUCCCCCCUUUUACAUUUUUAUUCGAUUCCUCGUUAAAUUUUACAUAAGAAUCAGUGUUCAAAAAUAUGGGACUCUGAUCCCAAGAACAGCAAAAAAAAAAUCCAAAAUUUACGCUCAAAAUCCAAAAAAAAACAUUGUUUUCCAAAAAAUCCGGUUUUUUGUGCUUUUCCACCAACUUUUUUUUUUUCAAAAUUGACUUUUCCAUUCGAUUCCUCGUUAAAUUUUACAUAAGAAUCAGUGUUCAAAAAUAUGGGACUCUGAUCCAUCAACAGCAAAAAAAAUGCAAAGUUGUCGCUAUACGGCGCAGUGUGUUCGCUUAGAAGGUUGUGUGAAAGAGGUAAAUGUGUAAAUUGUAUUCAUAGACUUGAAUUAAGAAGAAAUCUUCAUUCAUAAAAAUAUGCGCCGUAUAGCGACAACUUUGCAUUUUUUUUUGCUGUUGAUGGGAUCAGAGUCCCAUAUUUUUGAACACUGAUUCUUAUGUAAAAUUUAACGAGAAAUCGAAUGGAAAAGUCAAUUUUGAAAAAAAGUUGGUGGAAAAGCACAAAACGCGGGAUUUUUUGGAAAAUAAUGUUUUUUUUUUGGAUUUUGAGCGUCAACUUUGAAUUUUUUUUGCUGUUCAUGGGAUCAGAGUCCCAUAUUUUUGAACACUGAUUCUUAUGUAAAAUUUAAGGAGGAAUCAAAUAAAAAUGUCAAUUUUGAAAAAAAAGUGGGGAAAGAGCACAAAAAGCGGGAUUUUUGGAAAAAACAUGUUUUUUUUGGAUUCUGAAAUUUUUUUUAGAUUAUAAAUAUUUUUAUCAGAAAGCUGAGAUUUUUUUUUACAUAAAAAUGGAUAACUUCAAAAUUUUUUUCAUUCAAUUUUGAGGUCGUUAAAAAAUAAAAGAAAAAGUCAUUUUUUUGUUUGAUCUCAAUUUGAAGUGCGCGCCAAAAACCAAUGAAGCAACUUUGGCCACUAAAAAGUUUAUAAAUAGAUAUUCUUAUUUUAGUCUAUAUUAUGAUAUUCUAAAGUUUCGUCAAAAUCGGAGAACCACGGGUACAAAACCGUGUCGCCAAUUGAUGGAAUGGCCCAUACAUAUGUGAAAAGUGUUAAACACAGUGGCAAAUAUACAUAUACAAAAAGGCUAAGGAAAAAGAUUAAUUUAAACAUACAUAUGUAUAUACGUGACGUGGAGUGUGAAAAAAUUAGAAGAAUACGUACUCUACUUACAUAUGUAUGUACGUUUGGAAAUAACAAGAAGGUACGGAAGACAAAAUUCAUUACUUGUGAUCUUGGGCUGGCGGACAUGUAUGUAUGUAUAUAAGACAUAUAUACAUGUACGUUGAAAAGAACGAGAAGAAACUGAAAGUACAGUGAGUUCCAUAUUUAUCGUACCAAAGUGGUGGAAAUAACCUCGGCUAAACGUGACAACCGAAAAAUAAUGAUUAUGUUGUUUAAAAGUGCCGUAUGACAAAAAAUUAAGGUUAAACUGUGAAGUGUGGCUAAAGACUACCGUUUCUCGUGCCGUAAGAGUGAAGUAGCAUUUUAACUUACCGCUUCCCGUGACGCUACAGAUCCCCGUAAGCACAUACCACCAAGUGUCCAGUUUUACAUCACUUCGCUGCUGCCACAACGUUGCUGCUGUAUCAAGCCGCUGCUGUCAUCAAAUCGCUGCCGUCGUGGGAAUGAGCUGCCGCUCAUUUAAAAUUCCAUAUAUGAGGAACUCCAAAAAUCUAGUGCGACAAAACAUACAGCAGCAUAUAUUACGUUUUGGACAAUCUCUGAAAUCAUUAUACAUUGGAGUAAAGCACAUCCAUCCUCACUAUAAACCUUCGUCGCGAAUAGAGUGUCCGAAAUCUAAGAGUUGUCUGACAAAGUGCAUUGUCAACAUGUGCCAACGAAACAAACUCCUGCGGAUCAAGUGUUUCGGGGUUGAAUUGAAUAAUUCGAUAUGGUUUUGCAGUCCACAGUUCCUUCUAGAAGACCUUGCAUUAUGGCCAAUUAAUAGCCACUUCCAGUUCUCACCAGAAGACGAAGCAUUAGAGAAGAAGAAAAAUACAUUUACACCAAUUUCGACCAGUGAAAAAAAUUUAAUAUCGGACCUUAUUGAAAAAUUCUCUUCUCAUAAAAAAUUGGUCGCAUAUAUAUUGCGAUGGAUAGGACGACCAUCAAAAUCUUCCAUGGGACAGGCUAUGAUUUCAGAAGAGUUUUCUAAAAAUUGCACAGGUGGUCCAACUUUCAGAAUUUUCGGAUGUUAUUCAAAAAUUGCAUAAAGGUACCACCCUACCAGCAAACUUGGAUAUGUCGAUUUCGUUCAAAUUAAUCCGAGUAGGAGGCCGCCUAUUAAAUACACCUCUCCUAUACGAAGCCAAAGUUCUACUUUUAUAAACAAAAGUUCGCAAUUCUUUAUAACAUACGCCUUCGAAAUCACCACACUGGAGCUAAAGUGUUGGUUGCGCUUUUUGAGAACGCAUAUGCCUACUAUAAGAAACUGUAUUCAUUGUUUCCAUUACAAGCCGAAGUUGCAAAACCAAAUAAUGGGAAAUUUUCUAGUCGAAAGACUUCGAACACCACGGCUCUUUCUUAUAUGUGGCGUAGAUUUUUGUGGUCCGAUUUACAUUAAAAAUACGCGGUAGACUACCCGUAAAAAAUCGGGCAGAGCUGUGCCGGUGCACACGGCCGUUGGUUUUAACGUGAUGCGUCUAUGUUUGCGAAUCGUUUGUACGGAGUCACCCGCACGUUGAGGUCGAAUUGACGAGGCACGGCGUAGUAUAUUUGUGGGAAGGAUAGUUCCUCGCCGUGAACAUCAUAGAUUAUGUUGAUCGGAGAUGAGUUCUGUUCCGGAACAAUAUCCAAACAUUGUUCCUCAUUCUAUAGCAAAGCAUGUUGUCGAGGCAGCAGGAUUUCAGAUUCUGGGGCAAAGUUGGGAUCGACAGACUCAAUCUGAAAUUCGAGGCCGAUAUAUUCAUCCAUAUCUUUGUCAAAUACACUCCAGUCGAUUUUUAUGUCAUAGUGUUUGUACAGCGGUUGCACACUGGGUUAUUUCCCACUGAUUUAGCGAAUUAGUUCAAAAAAUGAAAUUGAAAUAUGUUUAAUGUAUUUGGUACCACGUAAAAUUAGACAAUAUUUUACAUCACUAGCUAAAGUAUUUUUGUUCUUUCCUUAACCGUUUUCCAACACUAAGCUCACAAAGUUGACUAUUUAUAACAAGUUUGUUAGCAAGAGGUGAUUUGUGUAAUUUCGUCGGUGACUAAAGUAUAUUUUCGUAAUAAUUUCCAAAGAAAGAUUUAAAGUUAAUAUGGAACAUUCAACCUCAGGUAGUUCAAGUGUUUAUAUUGUAUAUUUGGGUUUGAAAAAAAGUGUGUUUAUAUUUUUAAUUGAUUUUUUUUAAACCUUAAAAAAAUUGGUAUUUUUCAUGUUUAUAUAUACAUAUGUUUUUUUGUGCGUGAGGGUAUGUUAUAAUUUUUUUACCAUAAUCUGUGCAUAUUGGACUAAUAUUCAAAAAAAAACAAAGUUGCCCUUUUGUGCCUUUUGGCGCUGAAAGCGUGUAGUUCUAGUUUUAUUCGUCAUGGGAUCAUGCUAUACCUUUUUGGAAAGCUCAUUUCACGCGCUUAUACGUGUUUGAUUGAUUGUCGUUUCUUUUAAGUUGUUCGUGAGUUAUAGCGUCGCAAACAUGGAGCAAAAUAAAGAGAAAAUACGGCAUAUUUUACAGUACUACUACGAUAAAGGCAAAAAUGCAUCUCAAGCCGCCAAUAAAAUUUGUGCAGCUUAUGGACCCAAUACAGUUUCCAUUUCCACCGCACAACGAUGGUGUCAACGUUUUCGUUCUGAUGUAGAGGUGGUCGAAGAUGCGCCACGCUCCGGACGACCUGUCGUCGAAAAUGGCGAUAAAAUCGCUGAAUUGGUUGAAAGAGACCGGCAUAGUAAUCAUCAAACCGUUAUAAACCAUUUGAAAAAGCUUGGAGUCACUAAGAACCCCGAUGUAUGGGUGCCACACGAAUUGAUUCAAUACAAAUAUCGCAAGACUUUUUUGACAACCCAUAUUUAUUGAAUAAUCUUUAAUAAAAUCAACAUUUAGUUAAAUGUUAAAGUACAGACACAACGAAUGGCUAGUCAAGAAAUAAUAGAUACUUAAUUAUGCUAAUAAAAAAUACAAAACUUAAUCAUCUUGUGUCCAUGGACUUUUAUUACUGGUAAAUCAGGUACUUCAUUUUCUUUCUGAAGUUGGAUGUCAGGAACAUUUUCGUAUCAACAUCGUCUUCUUCCAUCCAUCCCGGGCACUUCUAGCAGCAAUUCUUUGAGGACAAAUUUUCGCAAUAGGUAACAGCUCUUGUUUUUUAUGUGAUUGUUUGUGUUGAUUGGUGGCUUUAUAUGAAGAAAAAUAUAGGCCACAUAUGCUACACGAUCUUUUAAAUAAGUAUGACUCUACACUAAGGCAAUAACUAUCAUAUGGAACUUGUUUCAGAUGGGAUGAUGCUUGGAGAUUUAAUAAUAUCUGUAGUAAUAAUGAAGCAAACUUAGCGUCGUUGUCAUCAUUCCCUGUGACUCCAUAACCUUCUGAUGUCUGUUUAAUUAACAUAGGUGGUCCUUCUUUUAAUAAUUUCCAAAGACUAGAACGUCUUACGCCGCAACAUGUAAUAGUUUCACAUUUAACUAUUUGUAAAAAAUAUUGUGACUCACGUACAUGAUUAGCGUACCAAGUAGAAUUAUUUUUCAACAUCAUAACCUGUUCAAUAUCCAGUCCAGUAACAGUUGGUGCAACACAUUCAGCAACGACUGGAAAAUUAUCAAUGACUAACUUGCUCCAAAUGUCAGCCAACACAUUGGCCGCACUUUCGAAGUUUCGUUUUUCUAGAUCUAAGUCAGCAGUUUGAUUACUUGAAUCAAGAUGUGACCCAAAAUCAUCAUGAUUUAAUAGUACACCAGUAAGUUUGCGACUGAGAGGUGCCAUGCGUCGUGGGGCAUUUGUAGCUAUAUAAAUUGCAUCUAAAUGAAAAUCUUUGAAAUCUUGUAAAGCUGAAACUAUAACCCGGCAGACAAUUUUGUAAGUUUGAUUAAAAUUAUAAUAUAAAAUAAAAUACGAUUCGCAGAAGAGCCCCAAUGUUAAUACUAUACCAAAGCUUCUUACAACUUAAGUAUUAAAAAACAAAAAUUGUCUUUAUAAAUGUUAAAUUUUUGUUUACCUACAUAUAAAUUUUACGUUUGUACAUCACAAAUUUUAAAAUGUGAUGUCACAAAGCUUUUGACCCCCCCUGCCCCUUGUCACACAAUGUCACUUCUGAAUGAUACCCUUCCCCCCCUUCAAGGUGUGACGUAAUUUAUGGAUGGCCCCUUAGGAGUAAAUUCUAAUUCGCUUUUUAUAACACGCCAGACCCUAUAUCCGCUUCAAAAAUAUUUCCUUCAUACACUGGUGUUCAAUCUGCAAAGAAGAAAUGUUAUCCUAGAACUGAGAGCAUUCAUAUUUUCGAAAACUUAGCAGUAGUAGACUUGCAAGCCCUGCUUAAUCACACUGUUGAACGAUUAUUAUUACUUCAAAAUGAAGUUAUCGUCACUCUAGAUAAAAGUAAGUUGUCUAAAUUCUGCUUGUAUACGAAGUGGGGCUUUGAUGGUAGUUCAGGUCAUAGUUUGUAUAAACAUGCUUUCCAUGGAGCAGAAGCAAGCGAUUCAUCGGUUUUUAUGACUUCCAUUGUUCCAGUUAAAUUGGUUUGUGAGGAAAAAAUAAUAUGGCAAAAUCCUCGACCCUCUUCCACCAGAUUUUGCAGACCUUUGAGAAUGUCAUUUGAAAAAGAGUCCGCAAGAGUUUCAGUAGCAGAAAAAAAAAAUAGAGUAGAAGAGGAGAUAAGGGAUCUUUCUUGCUCUAUUGUACUGUAUGGCGAUAACUUUGUAGAAGUGAGACACACUUUAAUUUUAUCAAUGGUAGACGGAAAAGUUUGCAAUGCCUUAACAGAAACAUCCUCUACCCAAAAGUGCUACUUGUGUGGCGGAAUGAGUAGAAAAUUUAAUUUAAUUGGCAAAAUGAUCGAAAAGGAGGUAAAAAUGGAAAAUUUACAUUUUGGACUAUCUACAUUACACGGAUGGAUAAGGUUUUUCGAAUGCCUUCUUCACUUGUCAUAUAAGUUACCAAUAAAGAAAUGGCAAGCCAGAUCAGAAAGUGAUAAAAAAGUUGUAAAUGAAAAUAAAAAUCGAAUAAUAAAGGAAUUUAGAGAAAAAGCUGGAUUAAUCAUUGAUCAACCAAAACCUGGAUGUGGAAAUAGUAAUGAUGGAAAUACAGCCAGACGUUUCUUCCAAAAUGCAGAACUAUCUGCAAGUAUAACGAAAGUUGACUUGAAGCUGAUAAAAAGAAUGCAUACGUUAUUAGUGGUGGUUACUUCGGGAUAUCAAAUAGAUAUAGAGAAGUUUCGUGAUUUUGCACAAAACACUGCCCGAUACUGUGUACAAUGUUAUCCCUGGUAUAACAUGACUCCAACUUUACAUAAAUUCUUUAUCCACGGACCGGAAAUUAUAGUACACGCUUUGCUUCCAAUCGGCCAACCAUCAGAGGAAGCACAGGAAGCUCGAAAUAAAGAUUUUAAAAGAUACAGGGAGCAUUUUUCUCGCAAAAGUAGUCAAACAAAAUGUAAUGAGGAUAUAUUAAAGAGAUUUUUAGUUACUUCAGAUCCAUUGAUUUCAAGUAAAACAAAAUUACCCGCAAAAAAAUCUAAGAGCUUGCCGCAAACAGCUUUGGAACUUUUGAAAUCAGCAGCUCCUCCAGCAAAUCCUGAUGAUGAUGAUAAUGAUGAAUCUGAUAGUACAGAUACUGAUGAUUAUAUGUAGUAGUAGUGACAGUGAUGGUUAUUAAUUUGUUAUUCCUGAUGCUUAAAACCGUAGCAAUAAUGUAUAACCAUAUAAAUAUAAGAAUAGCAACAUAACUUUCAGUUUAUUUGAUCUUUGGUAAUACUAUGUAAACCUUCGUAAAAAAAAAAAAAAAUCCCACUAAACUGUUUUCGGAAUUGACUUUUUUUUAGUAAAAACGAUGCAAAUAAUAUAAAUCAAUCCAAAUUUGUUCAAUAAAAUGUACGUUUGAAUUGAAUUGAAUUUGUUUCAGGGACAAAUACCCCACUGUGGGUUGGUUUACCAAAUAACGCAGCCAGGCCUUGAUAACUGAUCUACGUACGAAACCACUCAAAUAAUUCGAUUUAUGAAUAAGUUUCUUUUUUACAUCGACAGGUACAUUGAUUACCUGGCCGACUAUACCAUAGUUACCUUCGUAGCGUAAUCGACGAAUUUGCAAAAAUGGUAACCGCGGUGAAAUCAAUCGAAUGCUGAUCGGGUCAAGCAGCGGCAGUCACCUCGGCUUUGGAGGAUAACGAAAACCAAUUAAGCGCGACAGCGUUGAGAUUUUAUAGGCAUCUAUCGAUUUGCCACAGGUACUGCAUAAGCGAAAUUCCGUCACAUUUUCAUCGGGUAAUUUUGAUUGAAGGAAAGAAAUGUUGCGAUGUUUCACUUUCUUUAAGUCUCUUUCGAACCUGAGUCGAUCACAAACGCUGCAAGAUAAACCCAACGGAUUGGCUUCAAGUACCGUUUUGAAGUAUUUGUCCGCUGAACGCCAAUCAUUUUGCAUUGCUUCUACUGACAUUGACAUCUCUCAGUUGCGUGGCAGAUCCAAUGGAUAUAUCGAUCAACUGUUCAUUCGUUACGUCCAUAAGUAUAGGUAUUCCAGUGGUAGAGGUAAUCGCGAGGUCGGCGGCAGCAGCUUUGCGACGAUCUGGAAACCGUCUCGCUCGCUCGACGCCGGACAUUAGGGUACCUAUGCGUGGCCCAUAGCCCCCUCUUUGUAACGAUAACCGUAAUUUAUAUUUCUGGGGCGCUCUUGCACGAACUGAGGCCGACAUACCAAAAUUUUUAUAUAUUUCUUAUCACUUUCUGGUUAUUUUAAAAAUAAACACUGUCCCGAUUACACUUAUUUUUGUAUAAAUCAAUACGUUCCGUUCCGCUUUUUGUAACACAUACUUACAUUACAACUAGAUUAAUCCGUUAGUUUAAGAUUUAGGCUAAGCGAUUCCAUAAAACGGAAUAAAGUGUUCUCUUGUAAUUUGAACGUGAAUUCGAACGGACGUGUCUUCAUAAUUUUCGGAAUAAUAUCAUUUUAGUGACAGGCAAUUCUUUUUCUUCUUCUUUACUGCCGUAGACACCACUUACACGAUUAUUGCAAAGUUAACAACAGCGCGCCAGUCGUUUCUUCUUUUCGCUACGUGGCGCCAAUUGGAUAUUACAAGCGAAGCCAGGUCUUUCUCCACUUGGUCCUUCCAACGGAGUGGAGAUGUUACUCUGCUUCCCGCGGCGGGUACUGCGUCGAAUACUUUCAGAGCUGGAGUGUUUUCAUCCAUCCGGACAACAUGACCUAGCCAGCGUAGCCGCUGUCUUUUAAUUCGUUGAACUAUGUCAAUGUAGUCGUAUAUCACGUACAGCUCAUCGUUCCAUCGAAUGCGAUAUUCGCCGUGGCCAACGCGCAAAGGACGAUAAAUCUUUCGCAGAACUUUUCUCUCGAAAACUCGCAACGUCGACUCAUAAGAUGUUGUCAUCGUCCAAGCCUCUGCACCAUAUAACAGGACGGGUAUUAUGAGUGACUUAUAGAGUUUGGUUUUUGUUUGUCGAGAGAGGACUUUGCUUCUCAAUUGCCUACUCAGUCCGAAUUAGCACCUGUUGGCAAGAGUUGUCCUGCGUUAGAUUUCCAGGCUGACAUUGUUGGUGGUGUUUACGCUGGUUCCAAGAUAGACGAGAUUAUCUACGACUUCAACGUGAGAGCCAAGUCGCGAAUGCACGACUGUUUUUUUUGGUGACAUGAGAUAUUUCGUCUUGCCCUCGUUCACUGCCAGACCCAUUUGCUUUGCUUCCUUGUCCAUUCUGGAGAAAGCAGAACUAACGGCGCGGGUGUUGAGGUCGAUGAUAUUAAUAUCAUAUCAUCCCGCGAGGUAAGCAGUCUACUUUCCUUCCGCUGCGAUACGGCACUCCUCGUCGUACCAGCUGUUCUUUUGCAUUUCCCGAAAACCAAAGGUUUCGGUUGCAGCUGUACGUAAGGAGUUUGAAAUGCCGUCCACAGUUUCCUUAUACCGAGUUGUUGACGAGUGCUCUCAGAGUCGAGUAGAAAAUCGAAAAAACACUGGAGACAUGUCUUCCGUCUAUCACGAUAUGAUUGAUCUGGUUGGUGGUUUUUCGAUCCGGAGACAGUCAGGUAGCUUGAUGUAUCUUCCUAUGCUGGAAUCUAGUACUACAGAUAACCAUAUUUCGGGCCCCGGCGAAGUCGAUCAGCCUCAACCCAUUUGGGGAUGUUUCCUCGUGGAGGUUGAAUUUACCGACCGUAGUGCCAAAGAUACCUUCUUUGCCCACCCUAGCGUUAAAGUCGCCAAGCACGAUUUUGAAUGUUGGUGCGGGCAGCUCUCAUAAGCGAGCUCCAAGCGCUCAUAAAAGUCAUCUUUGGUCACAUCGUCUUUCUCUUCCGUCGGGGCGUGGGCGCAAAUCAGCGAUAUGUUGAAGAACCUCGCUUUGAUGCGGAUUGUGGCUAGACGUUCAUUCACCGGAGUGAAUGAUGGUACUCGGCGACGGAGUCUCUCUCCCACCACGAAUCCCACACCAAACUUGCGCUCCUUUAUAUGGCCACUAUAGUAAAUGCCACAAGGACCUACUCGUCUCAGUCCUUGUACCGUCCAUCGCAUUUCUUGGACGGCGGUGAUGCCAGCCUUCACUCUAACGAGGACAUGAACCAGCUGAGCAGCGGCACUUUCCCAAUGAAAGGACCGGAUAUUCCAGGUGCAUGCUCUUAAAUCGUAGUCCUUAUUUCGUUUUCCAUGUUCGUCAUCAAAAGAGGGGUCUUUAUUCCGAGGCUGUUUAUGCUCUUUUACUGGUAUAUUUUUUUACGGGGCGGGUCCCAAACCUAGCGCAUGACCCUGUGUAGGGGAUGUUUCGCCUUCUCACUUUAGCUCGCCUUCAAACGGAUGUUCUUGGGCUACCCAGAGGAUACUUGGUCAAAGACUGGAAGUCGUGAGCUGCUUGAGUCAUAUGUAAAAUAAUCGUUUCUGGCCACUCCCAGAGAACUUCUACACAUGACUCCAUCACACAGGCAAUUAGGCUUUGAAUUAAUUGGCGCAUUCCCAGGUAAAAAUUCUCGCAUCUCAAAAACGUUUGAGAGUUUUCAAUGUUUUUUUCACUUUUUUAAGCUUUAGAUUGGAUGAAAAUCUUAUCAAACAAUCGCGAAAAUUAUCAAAAUUUUCCUAAAUGUUUGGAAUAGAGAUCAAAUAUUCUUGACUAUUUAGACAAAGGGCGUUUCCAACAAAUACUUCGAGUCUCAAGAGAUCAAUUUACUUUGCUAUUGUCGUUGAUCAAAAACAGUGCGUAAUUUAACCACGCUCGAUCCAUUAAGCAAUUUUCGGUAGAUCUACAGCUAGCUAUAACCUUAUAUCGUUUGGGUUCAGCGGGUGAAAAUGCGGCGAUUCGGAAAGUAACUACACUAUUUUGAGUAGGAGGUGGUGAAAUUCUUCGCAAGAUCACAAAACUUAUAUUUUCGUCUUUUUUGUAGUUAAAACUAGAUAUAUCACUGCUUGCUACGAAUGAAAGAUAAGAUAUCGUUAAAACAACAUACAAUUAGGUACCGCAUCGCAUAAGGUAUGUUGAUGGUAGUGAAUUGAAGCUUGCAGAAGCACCAGUUGUUAACCAUUCAGCUCAUUUUCUCAAAAAGCCGAAUCUAUUCCAUAAAGGCACAAGUUGUAUGCGAUACUCUUUUUUCUUCUUCUCAAUGGCUAGCAGGAGAUUCUGCAUAUUCAUUGCUGACCACUUUUAACAUUUCGAUCAAAUUCACAACAAAUGGACCAUUCAAAGCCUAAAGCUUUCGACUUGAGUCGUAACAGAUAUCGCGUGAGGAUUGAACAUUACUUAGGGAUUCUAAAAGAAAAGCUUGGUAGCCUCAAAGUUCCAACUGGUUUAUUUGCUGUAUAUUGCAUAACAUCUUACGAGCUUAUCCUAACGAUAUUGUAUACGUAGACAAUAUGGUUGUCGAUAGCGACGAAGAAUCGGAUGAAUUUUCUCCACGGGAAAAUGGCCAGCGAAUAACUGAAGCAGUAGCCAAAAGCAAAUCUUUGUAUUCAAUAAAGUUUGGCGAUCAAUAAAACGUUAAUUAGUAAUAUAUGUAUGUUGUACUUUUUUUUAAUUGACUACAACCUUUUUAGCAGGUCUAUUUUUGAUAUAACUAUUUAUAUAAGAUCAUACUUACGAAACCUGAAGAAAUAAGCUAACUGCCGUAAAUAAUCAGAAAUGAAUACAAAUAUAAUUUAGUUUAUUUAAUUAUUUUAAUUUUGAUUUUUUUUUUUCAAUUUCAUACAUAGUCACUCUGUCUUUCAUUUCUAUAUCUAAUAAUAAUUUCUAAUAAUUUUUAUCAGUUUCUAUUAUUUUUAAAUCGAUAUCUAAUCUUUUCUUCUCUUCUUCGAAUUUAUAUUUCUCAAAUUUCAACAUCUUCGUUUCCAUAGAAAUUUUUUCAGCUUGGAUAGCCGCCAAUUGUCCAACGGAUGAUUUCGGUGGCCGAGUUAACCGCUGGAAUGUUGAUAUCGGGGUGGAAAUUGGUGCGACAUUUGACGGCACAGCAGGUACAUAUUCCUCUUCCAAGAAUUCUACUUCGAAUUCGAAUGCAGGACCAGCUGGACACAGUUGAGGCAAAGGCAGGUUACCUCAUACCAAGGAAAAUGGCCAGUAUCCGCUUUCCAAAUAUUUCCCUCAGCUGGUCGAAAUUAUUAAAAAAUGAUUUAUCUACAAUAAAUUAAAACUAUCAAUAUUAUACUAACUAGAAAUUAUAAAACCUAUUUAAAACUUACUUUUCUCAACAAAUUAAGAGCCUAAUAUGUCUUUAUGUAAAAUGACAGCUUGCACAAAGUUGCAAUUAUUUUUUACGUGUCAUUGCACGAAAACAAAUAAAGGUGUCGUUGAACAAUUGGAAAAUUCUAAUUCUGCAAUACGUGCACCUAGCAAGAGCAAGAUAGUCCGCCUAAUAUGUUAACGGAUAUUAGCGUUAAUUGCCGUCAGAGCGUGACAAUAGCCAAAAAACACUUUGCAGUUUAACUGCUGUUGUUGGGAGUUUGUAAGCAGUUUGUGGUGGUUGUUGUUGUAGGUCAAACGAAGUGGUAUCCAGGACCCUUUAAUAAGAAAUUUUAGUAUUCAGGUACUUUACCAUUGUUUCUAAUUUCAAACGAUAAUCAAAUUAGAGUUCGUAAAAAACAACUUAAAUUUGUUUUAUAUCGGUCUUAUUCCCGUUUCUGUUAUCGUUUAAAGGUUGGUACGCAGCUCUCAAGUAAUUGCUCAAGAACACAAAUACAUUAUUUCUGAAGUAAUUUUGACAGCUGGUUACGCAUUGUGAAUGAUCCACAUUAGAAGAGCAAGAGAGAAUAAACAAAGUAAACAAACUUUGUGCGUAUGUAUGUGUAUGGUAACACAAAUAUUUUCAUUGAGAUUUAAGGAAUGUUGUUGACGAUUGGUUGGUUUUAUACAACAUUUCAAAAUGGAACAUACUUUAUAAUAAUGAUUUCAACUAAUUUAGGAUGAAUUUGACGAUUACUUCGAAUUUCCUGCAAGAAACAAUUGUUGAUUUCAUGUUUCUUCGCAAAACCAGGUUUGCCAUAUUCACAUUUUAUUGAAAAAAAGUAUUAAAAAUUAGUACUAGCUUUCUUAAGAGCUGCGUACUAGCACAAGUAACUCUAUCGCAGGAACGUUUCUGGACCGUUUCUUAAGCGUUUUUUAUAUGAAGUUUUUACGUUUCUUGAGAGCUGCGUACUAAGCUUAAAAUAGAAAUAUGAACGUGAGACAUUCCUGUUGCUGUUAUUGACAUUUAUCGAAAACAAAUUGUGAUUCCCCAUUUUGAAAACAACGGCAUAGAAACAGUCUUUCUUUGUAGUUGUAAUAAUUAAGAGCGAUAUAGAAACGAACACAAUUAUUUGAAGUAAAUAUGAGAAUUUCUAAUACGAAUCAGUUGAAAAAUUUAGUUUCAGAAUUGGAAGAAAAAUCUGCGUAUAUCAAAGAUAUAACAAAGGACCAUUCGUUUCGAUUUUUUUGGAAAGGAUAUUCAGGCUGAGGCUAUUUGGGGGCGUUUUUUCCGUAGCGGGUCCCAAACCCAGCGCACAACGAAAGUUUUCUGGCUACCUAGGGGUCAAAGACCGGAAGUCGUGAGCUCCUUGAGCCAUAUGCCACUCCUAAGUGAACGACAAUCAGAGAACUUUCCUCACUUGCGUGAACCUCUGCACAUGACUGCAUCCUCCAAGGGAAGAGGGAUCGAGACGCAUUGCAGACAGAAAAAGAGAGAGGCUGAAAUGCGUGAGUAUGAAGAGUUUGCCAAUUUUGCCGACAUAGGUUAUGCUCGAAAAUUCUACGAAAAGAUACGGCGACUAGCAGAAGGUUUCAAAACCGGAGCAUACUCUUGUAGAAGGAGAAGUCGAACCCGAUUCCCCAAUCGAAAACGGAGGAGCAGAUGUUCCACUGCCUGACCACGAAGAAGUUCGUGAGAAGAGAAUCGACACACAUCAUUUUUUUCAUAGCUGCUUUUAACAGCACGAAAAGGAACUGCCUUUAUGCCGCGAUGUCUGAAUUUGGUAUCCCCGCAGAACCAAAAGCUGCGUCAGGAUCGGGAAGAACCUUUCCGAGUUGUUCGAUACUAAACGAGGUUUCAGACAAGCCGACUCCCUGUAGUGCGACUUCUUCAAUUUGCUCUUAGAGAAAAUAAUUCGAGCUGCAGAACUUAAUCGAGAAUGUACAAUAUUCUAUAAGAGUGUACAGCUGCUGGCGUAUGCCAAUGAUAUUGUUAUCAUUGACCUCAAUACCCGCGCCGUUAGUUCUGAUUUCUCUAAACUGGAUACGGAAGUGAAGCGAAUGGAUCUGGCAGUGAACGUGGGCAAGACGAAAUAUCUCCUGUUAUCAAACAAACAGUCAUUCCUCUCUCGACUAAUAAAAACCAAACUCUAUAAGUCACUCAUUAUCCGCGCCCUGCUAUAUGAUGUAAAGGCAUGGACAAUGACAACAUCUGACGAGUCGGCCUUAGGAGUUUUAGAGAGAAAGGUUAUGCGAAAGAUUUAUGGUUCUUUGCGCAUUGGCCAUGGCGAAUAUUGCAUUGAAUGGAACGAUGAGCUCUAUGAAAUAUACGAAGGCAUUGACGGCAAUGCUGGCUAGGUCAUGUUGUCCGAAUGGUCGAAAACACUCCAGCUCUGAAAGUAUUCGACGGAGUACUCGCCGGGGCAACAGAGGAAGAGGAAGACCUUCACCCCGUUGGACGGACCAAGUGAAGAAGGACCUGAGCCCGCUUUGAAUGUCCAAUUGGCGCCACGUUGCGAAACGAAGAAACGACUGUCGCGUUCUUGUUAACUGGGCUAUAAUUUCGUAAGCGGUGUCUACGCCAGUAUAGAAGAAGAAGAAGAUUCAUUUGCACCUCCCACCUCCACCGACUUUUCCUGUCUGUUGGUAUAACUUAAAUACAAUUUUUUAUUCAGAACAAUUGCAUUUGCGGUGUGUAAAUUUUUGCCCUGUUAAUUAAAUUAUUAAAUGUGUACAUAUAUUCAAAGAAUUCAUAUUUAACAUAUCAGUGAUUGUACUCUAGGUAGAGCUUCAACGAUUUAUUGAUUAAAUCUGUUAUAAUAUCAUUUAAGACCAGGUUCCUCCAUACAAUUUUGAAAAAAUCGUUUUUUUUUUUCAUAAAUUGCUACUGUAGACUCGUAGAAAUAGUAUAGAAUUAGUCCCGGAGGCCAGCAAGACCGAGGUAUAAAAGAGUGAGGAGCGCUGCGGGAAUUCCGGCGCUCGAUCGCCUUCAGUAGCGGCAGCUACUGCGUGCAUUUGGUUUAGACUGAUUUUUCUCCGAACCACGUUAUUUCGCAUGGAUGACACUCUCAUUUCAAAACUAUUGCACUUAUCGAUAUGAACUAAAUGGCAUUUUACUCUUUAGAUGUCUGGCUAUGACCUCAAGCAGAAUCAGAAGCAUUCAUUAUUAUUUCAAAAAGUUAUAAACAAUUAAAAGUGAAAAAUGGGUUAAAAAUAUUUAAAAGUCCACCAUUUUGUUUUUUUUUUUCAUUGAAAAUGUUUCAUUCUGCUUGAGGUCAUAGUUAAUACGAUACAGAACAUGAAACCGUUUGGUUUUUUGCUUUCAAAUAAUUCUUUUCCAAGAAAUGAUGUCAUCCAUCUACGAAUCGGAUUAGUUUCAGCAGUCAUUUUCAGGAUCGCCAUAUAAAAAAAUGUUUCGACUAAUUUAAUAUACUAUAUGUAGUUUCAUAUGUAAAAAAAAUUGAUUACUCAACAUGUUUUGUAAUAAAAAUAAAAUGUAUUGAAAAAAAUUACUUUUUUUAGAGGAACCUGGCUUUAAAUAAAAACUCCUAAAAUUAGUGGGCCUAACAAAAAAAAAUUAAGUGAAGCAAGAAUACUUAAAUGUCUUAAAAAGCAAUAUUAUAGCACUAAAAAUUAAGAGAUGAAUGUUGGCAAAAUGUAUGAAGACUGGAAUAAAAGAAUACAUACAAUAGGCGUGUUCUGUUUGGCCGUUAUAAGCUAAUAGCUAAAUUCUUGGCAAAUAAAAAAAUGUCCAACUUUGAUAUGUUUUUAGUUCUUAAAUACAAACUUAUUAACUGGAAAAGCAAACGAUACUCAUCGCAAGCGUAUGCAAUUUUCAAUUUAUAAUUAGAGCUUUUUGCGUAUGUGAUAUUCUAUCUUUAACUCAUUCACUCAACGUGAUUCUUCAGAAGAAUCGAUCGAUCUGGCAAAGGCAUCAAAUAUGAUAGAUACGCUGCUUGUAAUAUACUUUUAUUAGGUGGAAUCAAGCUAAAUUGCAUUCUGAAGAAUAUAUCCAUCUACCCUCUAUAUCCACUAACUAGCAACAAUGGUAUCGUAUCUGUACCGGCGUCGAUCAACAGAUUGUAACAGCCUCGACCAGCUCCUACUAUUUUUAGACUCGUUUUUUCACACCUACAGUUGAGCGAUCGUUUUUUCACACCAACAUGGCCGAAGCUUCGCAGCAGAACAAGCGAAAACAAAUCAGUUGCUGUCUGAAUUUUGAACAAGUAACGCCUUACUCGUUCGCUAAAGCAAAUCAGACACUUGCUACGGCAAAAUUUGUUCUUGCACUGAGCAAAAAAAUGGAUAAAUUUUUUAUGUAUGAAAAUGAAAAUAAUCUUGCGCAAUGUAUGUUGUGCAAGAGUACUUUUAAGAGUAAGCGUCUUUUCAAUUUAGAAAAGCAUUUUUUAAAUUCUCACAUAGAUAUAUAAACCACCUAACGGACAAACAUAUAUGCGAUUUAAUGAGAAUCAAAAAUUAUGAAUAUGAAAUUGACAUUAAUAAAAUAAUUGAAUAAACUAAAAUAAACAUAUUUUUUAAUUAUGGAAACUUUUUUCGGUGUAGCUGCUUUGUUUACUUUUUGUUUCGCUACUUGCUUCGCUUCUUGUUCUUCUUAACUAACAUUUGUAUAAUUUUGUGCGUGCGGUAGUUUGGUCGAGACUGGAUUAUAAUGAUCGAACUACCAACAGAACAGAAUGAUUUCGUUGUCGCCAACAGUUAAAUUGUUCCGUAUUAGCCAAUUAUUUCGAAACCAUUCAUGACAAAUUAGCAUCGGUUUUUGGCAACGAAAGAAGAUUAGAAUGUUGCUCAACGUAUCAUCUGCCAAAAAGAUCCGUUAGCACGAACUUUGUUUUACUCGGAGAUACCACGUGUGUUCCAACGUCAUUAGAAACAGUACGGAGUGUUAAUGGUAUAAUAUUCCCAACAGAUCGUGCUGAUGUAAAGAACUAAAUUUACUAGAAGGGGUAUCGUUUUCUAUCUUCCCUUGGGAUACGACAAUCGUGGAAGCCAUUAUCUCUGCAUCUCUAAGUCAAAUACGGACAACGGCAAGGUCAAUCUUUUAAAGUGGUUUGAAUCUGGAAUAUCCAAGUAUUUCGCGUUAUAUGUGGCAUACGACUUAAUAAAAUUCAAAAUCUGUUUAUUUCUUUCAUCUAAGUCAAAAUAAAGUUUGCCGGGUCCUCUAGUGAUAAAUAAAUAAAAUAAAGCAACGAUGUUUUCUUUUAAUUUAAGUCGUUAGGUUAAAUGAACUCCGCUCGUCGCGCUAUAUGUAUUAUAAAUCCGUACAAUACAUAUCUUUAUAUAUAUAAAUCUUCUGACCGUGUGUUUGCAUUUGAACUGUUCCUAAACGGAUGGACCGAUUUUGAUGAAAUUUUAUGUGUAUGUUCAAGAAGAUUCGAGAAUGGUUUAGAUUUACAAUUUGGUCAACUGGAAAAUAUUUUUUCAUUUUUAAUCAAUUGUUAAUUUUGGAAUGUUUGACCGAUAGAUGGCGUAAACGUACAUUAAAGAAAACGAUGCCAAAGUAAAAGGCGACAUCUGUGGAUCAAGUUUUUAUAUUGUGGACAGAGUUGUAAGUACAUACGUCACCAAAAGAAGCAACAUGGCGGUUAUUGGUCUUGAACGAUACGGUCGAUACGUGAACUGCACUAAAGCGCUUUGUAGGAUAUUUACUUUUUCAAUUCAUGAACGUUUUCCAACUGUUGUGCAUUUGGCAGUUAAUUUGGAAAAUGACCAAAGAGUGUAUUUCAACCCAGGGAAUACAGUACAGCCAGUGGAAACCGCGCCAGCAACAAAAUUAACAUUUAUGAGUUUUUGCUCAACUUUCGUCAAUGAUCCUUUUGCGAGGACAUUCGGAAAUACCUUGAUAUUAUACAUAGAAUGCAUCGUCAAAGAAAUGUUUACUCAGAAAAUAAGGGCAAGCAGUAGAUGGACAUCCAGGUGUGUUUUCAACUAAUGCAUUAAGACGAAUUUACACAAUCCAACCGAAAAACGACGAUUGUUUCUACCUUCGGUUGCUAUUGAUAAAUGUACGCGGUUCAACUUCAUUUGAGUCAUUGCGUAUUGUGAAUGAUACGGUGUGUGCAACUUUUUGGGAAGCAAGCCAGCAAUUACAAUUGCUGGAAAAUGAUAAUCACUGGAAUGCAAAUGACGUUCGCACACUUUUCGCGAUAAUCAUUUCGGCAUAGCCUUCAAAUCCGCGUCUAUUAUGAGAUACGAACAAAAAUGGCAUUGUCGAAGACAUUUUACAUCGUCUUCGCUAAAAAUUGUAAAUGGAUCAAUUCCGGUAGAUACUUCCGGUGGUUUGAUAUCAAUUCAAUCUGCCGUUUAUCGAUUCACGAAAGAUCGACUCAUCACGGAUGUGCGCUCCCAAAAAUACCGAUGUUGUUGGCGGCGAAGAACUGAUAAGGAGCAUGCAUCAGCUUUUUUGUAAAAUAUGAUCGGACGAAAGCAUGCGCGCCCAAUCCAUAAAAAAAGAGACCCCACAAUCUGCGCCAACUACCGUGGGAUUAGCCUCCUCAACAUCGCAUAUAAGGUUCUGUCGAGCGUAUUGUGUGAAAGAUUAAAGCCCACGUUAACAAACUGAUUGGA